AUGUUUGGAAAAGUUUAUCACGUAUGCAAUAUCAAGGAUGGAAAAGAAGCUGCAAUGAAAAUUGAAAAGAAAACUCAAGAAAGCGUCCUAAAAAUUGAAGUAGAAGUAAUGAAUGAAAUGAAAGGACAGAAAGCGGCAUUACAAAUUUACGAUGAUGGCGUUGAACUAAAUUAUAGAUUUAUUAUUAUGACAUUAUGUGGUCCAGACUUGACCAAAAUAGCAGAAUUUUUAAACAACAAGUUUAGCGAUUCGUCGCUGUUGCGUAUUGCCAUCAGAACAUUAUAUGCUAUAAAAACUCUUCACGAGUCUGGUUACGUGCACCGGGAUCUGAAGCCAUGCAAUCUAGCGUUAGAUUAUCGUCGAGAUUCUAAUAUUAUAUUUCUUCUGGACUUCGGAAUGGCUCGAAGGUACGCUCGACUGAACGAAAGCCAAUGGAUUAUCCGUGCGCCGAGAUCUCAGUGCAGAUUUCGUGGAACUGUUCGAUACUGUUCGGUGAACAUGCACAAACGAAUUGAACUUGGUCGAGUAGACGAUUUAUGGUCUUGGUUAUAUAUGACGCUUGAAAUGCGCACCGAACUUCCAUGGGCAGCCUCGUUACAUCCUGAGAAAGUCGAGAUUCAGAAGGUCGAGUUGAUAUCAGUUGUGCUUAAUAAGGACACAAUCACACGAAGUUUGAUUCCUAUUGCUGACCAUCUAGGGACUCUAACAUAUCCUGAUCGGCCAGACUAUUUGAUGAUAUUCAAUACUCUUAUCGGAAAAAUGCAAGAAGUCGGCGCGAAACUCACAGAUCCAUUGGAGUUUGACGAUUUAAGACCAGGAGACUGUGAAAAACUUCAAGAGGUUGUGAAAAAAUACAACAUCAACUUGCAAUCAAAGAAUGUAACCGAGAAAAAUGAGGAGAAAGAAAUGGAAUUGCUGAAAGAGGGUUUCCAACCUGCCGGUAUCAAGGAUGUUCCUGGUGGGUCUUCCUAUGUCAUUGCCAAAGGUCGCAAUUUCUAUUUUACUCCGAAAUCGAAAAAAAGUACUACCAGUGAUGAUAAAAAAGAGAAAGGUCUUGGAAGCCAGAAGAGUAUGACAUCCCUUUGUGUAGACAUCAAUAACAAUGACUCAAAGAAAAAAUCGCAGACGGACUUAAAGAAGAAAACGCAGAGAUCAACGUCGAAGAAAAAGACGCAGAAAUGA